UGGACCCGGGGCCUUGGGCAGAGGACCCAGGGCCAGCUCCUUGCCAGCCACUUAGAUCUCUCAGCAGCAAUCUGCUAUUACUCCCUCUUGGGCCCCAGGCAUGAAACUGCCCAAGGGGGCCAGGAACCCUGUGUUCUAUGGGCAGCACCCAGAGAAGAAGGUGCAGGUGCCCUCGGGGCAGGAGGUAAAGCAGACCCCUGUGGUCCUGGCAACCAUCAAAGGUCCCGGGCCUGCCAAGUACCUCCGGCCGUCCUGCACGGGCUACAUAGACCAUGAUAUCUCCAUGUUCCAGGAGCCGGCCUACACCCUGCACACCCGGCACUCAGAGAAACGGAUUGUGGACGUAUGCAGCCCUGGGCCUUGCUAUUUCUUGGAUCCUAAAGUAACUCGGUUUGGAAUGUCCAGCUGCCCUCAGGUUCCCAUGGCAGAGCGCAUCUCUAACCUGCGCCUGAGCUCCACCCCAGCCUCCUGCCAUUACCACUUGGAGAAGACCCCCCCACCUGGGGAACGCAGGGCUCCCCAGUACACCUUUGGCUCCCGGUGUCGGUACCGAGUGACGGAUCCCAAUCCGGGUCCCAACCAGUACCAGCUGCCACUCCUGCUGGGGCCCAACCUGCCUGCCAACCGAGCUGCUCCUUGCUACAGCUUGGGCCCCUCAGACAAGAACUGGUUCUACAAGGAGAAUGUGGCAGGAGGGCCUGGACCAGCCAUGCACAUCCGACCUGAGCCAUCCAUCUACCAGAAUCGCGGCCCCAUCUACAGCAUGGCCAAGCGCUUUGCCUACCCAGUGGACCACAUGCCUCGGCCGGGACCUGGCUCCCAUGAGGUCCAGCAGGUCACGGUGCACAAGCCCCGCACGCCUGCUUUCAGCAUGGGCGUCAAGCACUCGCCCCACCUGUGCCCGCUGGUCAUCGAUAUUCACGACUGAGCCCCCUCCUGGGGCACCCCCCCCCCACUGUCCCCAGAAGUUAUUUUUCUAUACCAAAUUGAGCAACUUGCCAAGGUUUUUGAGUAGCAGAGCUGGUGCCUGUGGUGACCAGCACAUAGAAAGCAUUAGAUAAAUAUUUUCAUUUAUUUAUUCCUUUGUUUUGCAAACACUCACAGCUGCUUUCUUUGGGCCCUGCCAUGGGACUACCUGGAGGCACUGGAGGAAUCCCAGUCUGGGAGACGUUCUGCUCUGGCUCACCAGGGGAGGCAGCCAUUUGUCCUCCAAGGAGUCCUGGGCAGAGGCUCCGGAGCGCUGAGUUCUCGUCCUACCUCUGCCACUAACGUGCUGUGUGGGCUCGUGCAGCUCCUGAACCUCUCUGGGUCUCCAUGAGAGGGGAGGAUGUCUGAUUUCUCUCUAGUUCCUGAACUCUUCGACUCUGGCCCCUGAGAGGGAUCGGCAUCCAAGAGAGC